AUGAGCAAUCCUCGGCCAUUGGAGGAGGAAGCCUAUGAUAUGUCAGGCGCCCGCCUGGCCCUGACACUCUGUGUCACCAAAGCACGGGAAGGUUCAGGAGCAGACCUGGAUGCCCUGGAUCUCAUGUUCCAGCAGCUGAGAUUUCAAGCCACUACAAAGAGAGAUCCCACUGCUCAGCAAUUCCUGGAAGAGAUGGAAAAAUUCCAGCAGACCAUAGACAACUGGGAAGACCCGGUCAGCUGUGCCUUUGUGGUGCUCAUGGCCCAUGGGGAGGAAGGACUCCUCAAGGGAGAAGAUGGCAAGAUGGUGAAGCUGGAUGACCUCUUCGAGGUCCUGAACAACAAGAAUUGCCGGAACCUGAGAGCCAAGCCCAAGGUGUACAUCGUGCAAGCCUGUCGAGGAGAACACAGGGACCUCGGUGAAACAAUAGGUGGGGACAAGGUUGCCAUAAUCACCAAGGACAACCCCCAGACUGUCCCCACAUACACGGACACCCUCCAUGUCUACUCUACAGUGGAGGGGUACAUCGCCUACAGACACGACAAGGAAGGCUCUUGCUUCAUUCAGACCCUGGUUGACGUGCUCACAGAGAGAAAAGGACCCAUUCUGGAACUUCUGACAGAGGUGACCCGACGUAUGGCAAAAGCUGAGCUGAUUCAGGAAGGGAGAGCAAGGAAAGUGAACCCAGAAAUCCAAAGCACCCUCCGAAAACAGCUCUACCUGCAGUAA